AUGUCUUCACUUGCCACCAAACUCACAGCCCGUUUCCAAUGGGCAUCUAGCCCGCUAAUCGUCAGCGCCCCGAUGCGAGUAAUGGCUGGACCCGCGCUUGCCGUCGCAGUUUCAAGGGCCGGCGGCCUCGGCUUCAUCGGACCGACCAUCAAAACCAACGAGAUGCUAGCAGUGCUGAAAGAAGCUUCUGCGCUCACCAGAAAGUCCACGAACCUGGCCUUACCAGCAUCAAAGAAUCUCCCUGUCGGUGUAGGCUUCCAGCUUUGGAGCGACGACCUGGAAACUGCGACACAAGCUGUGGAAAAGUACAAGCCGUGCGUUGUGUGGCUCUACGCGCCCAAAGAUGUUAAGGACCUAGAUACCUGGUCUCGGCGGUUCCGCGAUGUUUCUUCCGAAACCCAGAUCUGGGUCCAGGUUGGAACCCUCGCCGAAGUCAGGGCACUUUUGAAGGCAGCACAGCCGCCCGACGCGAUUGUGAUACAAGGCUCAGAAGCCGGAGGCCAUGGCCGCGCAAGCGACGGACUCGGCCUCUUCUCGCUUCUCCCCGAAGCUGUCGAUCUUGUUGCAGGUCGCAUUCCCCUUCUAGCAGCAGGCGGCAUUGCAGACGCGCGAGGUGCCUCUGCAGCGUUAUGCCUCGGCGCAUCCGGAGUCGUGCUAGGAACUAGAUUCCUUGCUUCGACCGAGGCGAAGAUAAAUCCGGGCUACCAGCGCGAGAUCAUCCGGGCCGAUGACGGCGCUGUAAGCACCACGCGGACUCUGCUAUACAACCACCUACGCGGGGUUACCGGGUGGCCGAAGGAGUAUAGCCCGCGGGGUGUCAUCAAUAGGUCGUUUAUUGAGCAUCAGGCUGGCACGUCUUUCGACGAGCUGAAGAAGCGCCACGAUGAGUUGGUUAGAUUGGGCGAGAAGGCUUGGGGGCCGGAUGGGAGGACUGCUACGUAUGCGGGUGCGUCUGUUGGGUUAGUUCGGAAUGUCAAGGACGCGGGGGAUAUUGUGAGAGAGAUCCAAGAGGGCGUCAGGCGGAUGCUUCGCCACGAAGAGGGGGCAAAAUUGUAG